GCAGAGCCAUGGGAUCCAGCAUGGCGAAAAGCAAACGAUGCGAAUAUGUGGAUCACUGGCAUCGGCCAUCGAAGGAUAUUGGAAGCCAUUUUUCAAAAGAAUACGCUGAGUAUUGGCGACGACCAGCCGCUGAAAAAGGUGCUGAGUUCUCAAUGAUCAAAAACGAAUACUCUUACAUAUCUGGCAGUUACGGCUCAUCGGGAGCAAACUCAAACCGCUAUUCGACUUUUGCAUCGUCUCGAUGACGCAAAUCUCUCAUGACUAUCCUAUUUUUGGUUUAUGUAUAUAUCACUGUCGCUUUACAUAAAAAU